AGGAGUUUCUUUUAAGGACUUGCCAUUCCAGCAUUACUUUUAUUGGAUUACACUUCUUUGGACUGUAUAUACACCAGUGGACACUUUUACUUGGAGCUUACAGCACGCUGGAUUUCUUAAGGACUGUUUUAAUGUUUGACAGGAAGGCUGGAUCUGGUUUAGAGGCUGGGCUUUAGGGUGAGGCAACAUAAAUAAGAAUCACCCUCAUAAGAGAUUUCAUUCAUCUCUGACACAUGGGAAGCUUCUUCACUUCUGCUGAAUACUCUAGGUGAAGCUAAUUUACUAACAAAUUUGUACAUUUCAGAUCGCUUGUAAAAAUGGAGCCUUUGUCUGCAGCAAACACACAGUUCUCUCUAAGCCUGUUCGAGAAGAUCAGUGGAAAAAAUGCAUCAAGAAAUGUGUUCUACUCUCCUCUCAGCAUCUCCUCGGCUCUGGCCAUGGUGUCGCUCGGGGCAAAAGGAAACACAGCGGCGCAGAUGUUUAAGGUCCUGGGUUUUAACAAUCCUGCUCAGCCGGGACCUGGACAAAUGACUGAGGAGCAAAUUCAUUGCAGCUUCAACAAGCUCAUGAGUGAACUGAACAAACCAGGAGUCCCGUAUGCGUUGAGUCUUGCCAACCGCCUCUACGGGGAGCAGUCUUACCAGUUUGUCGAGAAAUUCCUUAACGAUGCAAAAAGAUACUAUGAAGCCGAACUGAAGAAGGUGGACUUCAUAAAGAAAUCAGACGCUGCACGUGUCGACAUCAACAAAUGGGUGGAGAAAAAAACUCAAGAAAAGAUCAAGGACUUGCUCCCGAAUGGAUCUAUCGAUGCGAUGACGAGACUGGUCUUGGUGAACGCCAUCUACUUCAAGGGGAACUGGGAGACGAAAUUCCCAAAAGAAGCCACCACAGAUGGACAGUUUAAGCUGAACAAGACUCAAACGAAACCAGUGAAGAUGAUGCGACAGAACUCAAAGUUUCCUCUGGCCUCCAUCCCAGAGAUGAACAGUCAGGUUCUGGAGCUGCCGUAUGUUGGGAAGAAUCUCAGUAUGUUGAUCAUCCUUCCUAACGAGAUUCAAGACACAGCCACUGGCCUUCAGAAGCUUGAAAAGGCACUGACCUACAAGAAACUCAUGGAGUGGACGAGACCUGAAAUCAUGCAUCAACAAGAAGUUGAAGUGUCUCUGCCCAGAUUCAAGAUGGAGCAAACCUAUGACAUGAAGGAUCUUCUGAUCAGCAUGGGAAUGGAGGAUGUUUUUAAUAAGGGGAAGGUGAAUCUUUCAGGCAUGUCACCCAACAACAACCUAGUGGUGUCGAAGGUGAUUCACAAAGCCUUUGUUGAAGUAAACGAGGAAGGAACCGAAGCGGCUGCGGCCACUGGCGUUGUUGUGGAGACAAAGUGUGCGAGGAUCCCACAGGUUUUUAACGCAGACCAUCCAUUCCUCUUCUUCAUCCGACACAAUCCAACCAAGAGCAUUCUGUUUCAUGGACGCUUCUGUUCUCCAUGAGAAAGUCAUGUUGUAUGAGACCCUUUGCAGCUUGUUUAGUUGGUUAUCUGGUUAGAAUGAGUGGUUGAGACAAGGGACAACUACUACAAAAUGAAAUAGUUAAUAAUUAAACAAAAGAUUUACAUUCAAGGACAGACGUUUUUCUCAUCUUGAGAGAAGACUUUAACAUGCACAUUAUAAAUGUUUUGACUCUUGAUGUGCUUAUAAUUGAACAUAUUUACUGCAUUACAGUUGUCCUGGUCUCAUCUAUUGUUGAUAAUUCAGUGGUUGUGCUGCACAGGUCUCUGCAUGUCAUAUGUAAUCAAAUGCAUCAUAAUCACUAAGCACUUCUGUUGUUUCCUUCACUAAACGAGGCUUAACUGAGUCAAAUAAUAUGUAUGCCAAAGAUAUAUAACAAUUACACCUGUUUUGUUCAAACUUUUACUGUGAUUUAAUAAAAACAGCCGUUACAGGCAUGGCGUAAGAAAAAGCUGUAGUUUAAAAAAAUGUCACAUCAGGGUAUGUUAUCUUUUACAUUUGUACCAUUUCAAGAAUAGUUUUUCUUAAUAUUACUGAAUAAAUGUUGCUUAAAAUCCUACAAUAGGCAGUUUAAAUUAGGUAUGAUUUAGCUUUUUUUUGUUAGAUUUUAGCUUUUUUAAGUUAAAGGAUAAGUUCACUUCAAUUUACUCACCCCCUUGUCAUCUAAGAUGUUUGUGUCUUUCUUCCUUCAGUCAAUAAGAAAAUUUAGAUAUGUUUUCCAUAUAGUGGACUUUAAUGGUGCCCCCAAGUUUGAACUUCCAAAAUGCAGUUUAAAUGCAGCUUCAAAUGGCUCUAAACGAUCCCAGCCCGAGUAAGAAGGGUGUUAUCUAGCAAAACAAUAGGUCAUUUUCGAAACAAAUUGACAAUUUAUAUACUUUUUAACCUCAACCGGUCGUCUUGUCUACGUUUUUUCUUUUUUUUUCCGGUUCAAUGUGGUCAAUACAGUUAGGGUAUGUCAAAAAAACUCCCAUCUCGUUUUCUUCCUUAACAAUAAAAUCAUCCUACAUUGCUGCAGAAGUACCGACCCAGUGUUUACAAAGUAAACAUGCAAAGAAGAUCAUACGCCCUUUACAAAAAAGGUAUAACAGCGAUGUAGGAUGAUUUUGACGUUUGAUGUACUGACCUGGAUUACAUAGACUACGCAUGCACAUCGCAGAGACAAGACAAGACGAGCAUUUGAGGUUAAAAGUAUAUGAACUGUCACUUUGUUUAGAAAAUGACCGGUCGUUUCGCUAGAUAAGACCACUCUUACUCGGCUGGGAUCGUUUAGAGCCAUCUGAAGCUACAUUUUGGAAGUUUAAUUUUGGGGGCACCAUUGAAGUCUGGAAUGUUUUCCUCAAGAAACAUAAUUUCCUAUCGACUGCAGAAAAGAACGUCUCAGAUGACUAAGUUAUCUGUAAAUUUUUGUUCUGUAAGUGAACUUCUCCUUUGAAAAAGGUUGGGGCAUGUUGUCACAUUUAUAAUUGA